AGCGGAUAUACCAAUCUAAUCGUUAAAGAAAUGACAGAAGAACGUAACACACAAACGAACACAGAAGGAAUCCUGCAGUGCUCAACAAAUGCGGGACCAGUAGAUGCACCAGCAGAAUGGGAACAAAGACUAAACGAAGAGUUUAACGCACUUAUACAAUACGUAGAAGAAAAUAAAGCCAAUGAUACAGAAUGGUUCACCAUAGACUGUGAUGAUAAGGGUACAAAGUGGUUCGGAGAAUGCUGGCACGUACAUAACAUGAAAACGUACAAAUUUCGACUGGAAAUAAACAUACCAGCGGCUUACCCAAAUGCGCCACCGGAUAUAGUACUACCAGACCUCGAUGGAAAAACAGCUAAAAUGUACAGAGGAGGAAGUAUAUGUCUAGACGCGCACUUCGCACCGCUGUGGCAAAAAAACGUGCCAAAAUAUGGAAUAACACAUGGACUGGCACUAGGGCUGGCACCAUGGCUCGCAAGCGAAGUGCCACAAUUAGUGGCAGUAGGAGUAUUGGCACCGUAAUGCUAAAUAGUAUGAUUUAUAACAUGAUGUCAACAUCGCACGCAAAACUAUCUAUACGCUCACCCAAAGCAACGUGUGAACUUAUGAGGCGUGAUGUAGCAAUUACCGAACUAUC